GGGGGCUGUGCGCGCGGGAGCGAGGGUCCUGGCCUAGAAUGGGCCGGGGGCUGGCACCGGGCCGGGGGCCCAAGAGGAAGGUGCGGAGGCCCUCUGGCCAGAGGAGGCGGCCCGCUCAGCUAGUCCCUUGUCGAGGGCGGCCGGGGCCACCGGCGCUGUUUCCCCCAUUGUCCCCUUCGCGGCCGUCUCCCGUUCUCCCCCGAGGACCCGUCGCUCCCGGCGUCGCCGCGUCGCUGGUGGUCGCCGCCAGGCUGCGGCGCGGGGAUUCCCUGGGCACCCUCGAUUUCUUGCCCCACGCUGCAGCCUCCGGCUAAACGGACCGGCCUCCUGCCCCUGGGGCUCUCGGGCCUCAGAGCUGCCCGUCUGACCCGUGCCCUGUGCUGUCGGGGACCGGCCACCGGGGAACCCCCGACCCGGGCUCUGUGGGGGCAGGAUGUUUGCGCCUGGGGGAGCAGUCAUGGCGGUUUAGAGCCCAUUUUCUCCUCGGAGCGUUGUAUCAUGGGGGAAACUGAGGCACAGAGGCUUUCUGGCUUGUGACUGAAGUGUUGACACAGCCCAGUCUCCAUCCCUGCCCCGUGAGCUCUUCAGGGUUCAGGAGUAUACCUGUGAUGCUGUUAAAAUUAAAACGAGAAUUUAAACCAACCCUAUCUUACACCUUCCCCCGUGAAGUAGUCUUUUUUCCCCCUUUCUCUUCACCGUAGAGGGCCAUGAGUUUGUCCUACAACAUAAAGGAUGACCUUUUGAUCUAAGAAGGUCAUCUGUGCCCGUUCCCUUACUUGGCUUACCCUGUUUUUCAGCUUCUCGUUUUCAUGCUAGUGUAACCAAGAUUCUUAGACUCUUUGCCCGCCUUGUAGUAACUCAAGAGUCUGUACUUCCUCAGUCAGUGGUUAUCAGACUUUUCCCAUCUGUGGGGAACAUACUGACAGUGAGCUAUGUGGAUUGCCCAAUUUGUUUCUUCUCACACACACACACACCUCCGAAAAACUUACUACAUUAAUGGAGAUUCUUUUUAAUGUAACAACCAUAAAAUGAUUUUAAAACAAGAUAUUAUUGAUAGUAGGCUAAAAAAUGCAUUCUUUAUCCAUGGUAUUAGGUAAGGUAGGUGUGUGGACCAUUUGGAAGAUUCUUACAGAAAAGAGUCCAUUUUAAAUGACUGCGUUUCUGCCAGAAGUGAAAAUCAAAGCUUUACACAGACUCCUAGAUGUUUAUGUGAAUAUGGUGACUCCUGAUUGAUGUCCACUGGGACCUAUUGCGGGCAGCGGCUCUUUUAAUACCCUACUGCAGAAUACUCUUAAGUAUUUCCUCCUGGAGCCCAACUUGGUGUUUCUUUCCUGGAACAACGCUGUGGUAUGGACAUUCUCAGGGAGAAAGAUACAUUUGUUUUGAAAGUUUGAAACUUGUAGCCUGUGAUUUGUUUCUGAACCACAGAGCAUGAUGGCAGCGUCUGAGGUGGCUGGUGUGGUGGCCAAUGCCCCCAAUCCUCCAGAAUCUUCUGCUAGUUUGUGUGCUUCCAAAUCAGACGAAGGUCUCCCAGAUGGUCUAAGCCCCAAAGACCCUGCACAGAAGCACAAGAACUCGCCUCUGUCGAGUGUAAGUAGCCAAACGAUAACCAAGGAGAAUAACAGAAAUGUCCAUUUGGAACACCCAGAGCAGAAUCCUGGUUCAUCAGCAGGUGACACUUCAGCAGCGCACCGGGCGGUUUUAGGAGAAAACUUGAUAGCCACAGCCCUUGGUCUCUCUGGCGGUGGGUCUCAGUCUGAUUUGAAGGACGUGGCCAACACAGCAGGAGAGGAGGGGGACACGUGCCUCCGGGAGAGCCUCCAUCCCGUCACUCGGUCUCUUAAGGCAGGGUGCCAUACAAAGCAGCCUGCCUCCGGGAAUUGUUCUGAAGAGAAAUCCCCACAAGCCUCCAUCCUAAAGGAAGGGAGCAGGGACACAGGCUUGGAUUUCCCACCUGUAGUGCCUCCAGCAAAUGGGGUUGAAGGAGUCAGAGUGGAUCAGGAUGAUGAUCAGGAUAGCUCUUCCCUGAAGCUUUCUCAGAACAUUGCUGUACAGACUGACUUUAAGACGGCUGAUUCCGAGGUGAACACAGAUCAAGAUAUUGAAAAGAAUCUGGAUAAAAUGAUGACAGAGAGAACCCUGUUGAAGGAGCGUUACCAGGAGGUCCUGGACAAGCAGAGGCAGGUGGAGAAUCAGCUCCAGGUGCAAUUAAAGCAACUUCAGCAAAGGAGAGAAGAAGAAAUGAAGAAUCACCAGGAGAUAUUAAAGGCUAUCCAGGAUGUAACAAUAAAACGAGAAGAAACAAAAAAGAAGAUAGAGAAAGAAAAGAAGGAGUUUUUGCAGAAGGAGCAGGAUCUGAAAGCUGAAAUUGAGAAGCUUUGUGAGAAGGGCAGAAGAGAGGUGUGGGAAAUGGAACUGGAUAGGCUCAAGAAUCAGGAUGGUGAAAUAAAUCGGAACAUUAUGGAAGAGACAGAACGGGCCUGGAAGGCAGAGAUCUUAUCACUAGAGAGUCGGAAAGAGUUGCUGGUAUUGAAACUAGAAGAGGCAGAAAAAGAGGCAGAACUGCACCUUACUUACCUCAAGUCAACUCCCCCAACACUAGAGACAGUUCGUUCCAAACAGGAGUGGGAGACAAGACUGAAUGGAGUUCGGAUAAUGAAAAAGAAUGUUCGGGACCAAUUUAAUAGUCAUAUCCAGCUAGUGAGGAAUGGAGCCAAGCUGAGCAGCCUCCCUCAAAUCCCCACCCCCACUUUGCCUCCACCCCCAUCAGAGACAGACUUCAUGCUUCAGGUGUUUCAACCCAAUCCCUCUCUGGCUCCUCGGAUGCCCUUCUCCAUUGGGCAGGUCACAAUGCCCAUGGUUAUGCCUAGUGCAGAUCCCCGUUCCUUGUCUUUCCCAAUCCUGAACCCUGCCCUUUCUCAGCCCAACCAGCCUUCCCCACCCCUUCCUGGCUCCCAUGGGAGAAAUAGCCCUGGCUUGGGUUCCCUUGUUGGCCCCCAUGGUCCACACAUGCCCCCUGGCGCCUCCAUCCCGCCUCCCCCAGGCUUGGGCGGUGUUAAGGCUUCUACUGAAACUCCCCGGCCCCAACCAGUAGACAAACUGGAGAAGAUCCUGGAGAAGCUGCUGACUCGGUUCCCACAAUGCAAUAAGGCCCAGAUGACCAACAUUCUUCAGCAAAUCAAAACAGCACGUACCACCAUGGCAGGCCUGACCAUGGAGGAACUGAUCCAGUUGGUAGCUGCACGACUGGCAGAACAAGAGCGGGUGGCAGCAAGUACUCAGCCACUCGGUCGGAUCCGGGCCUUGUUCCCUGCUCCGUUGGCCCAAAUCAGUACCCCAAUGUUCUUGCCUUCUGCCCAAGUUUCAUAUACUGGAAGGUCGUCACAUGCUCCAGCCACCUGUAAACUGUGUCUAAUGUGCCAGAAACUUGUCCAGCCCAGUGAGCUGCAUCCAAUGGCGUGUACCCAUGUGUUGCAUAAGGAGUGUAUCAAAUUCUGGGCCCAGACCAACACAAAUGACACUUGUCCCUUUUGUCCAACUCUUAAAUGACGGACCUGACUGGGGAGGAAGAAGAGGAAAAACUGAUGUGAACAGGAAGCGCGGGUUCAAGAUUUCUAAAACUCUAUAUUUAUACAGUGACAUAUACUCAUGCCAUGUACAUUUUUAUUAUAUAGGUAAUGUGUGUAUAGAAAGUCUGUAUUCAAAUGUUCGUAAAUGAAAGUAUGUAUAUUAUGCAGAAAUGGUCUGUCCCCAUCACCUUGCAGUUCCUUUGGGGGAUGCAGAUUGUAGGUAAGAUGACGUUUAGUUUGGCCUUGAAAUUAUGAUAUUCCUGCCUAGGGCUGUUUUCAAAUACAAUAUAAAAACCAUCUAGGAAGCUGCUGUUGCUGUAAGGCCAUCCUGCUUUGAUUUGGCUCAGUCUCUAGUCCAUUUUCCUAAGGCUCACGUCUGCAAAUCUGAACCCUGGUGCUCACUCGCUGUCCAACCAGAUGCCUUGCUUACCAAAAGCCUCUGAAGCCGCACUGUUGUUCUAGCUGCUCUGCUCCGAAAGGAUAAAAUGAGACUGACUGAGAAGAAAAAUUGUAACCCUAAUAGUUUGACAUUUCAUUGAAUAUUU